UCACGAGAGAACACCCGCCAGCGGCCCCGGAUAUUUAACUACAAGUCUGUUAUAUUUGGACGGACAUUGUCGAGCGUAUCGUCGUCGCAACUGCACGCGCACUAUAUAAAAAACGAAUCGUUUGUACAUCGUAUCGCAAUAUAUUAUUAUUAUAAAUUGUACUCGCACGGCUAACCAAAUUCACAUCCAACAUGUUUAACUUAGGAGGAGCAAUGAAAAAUAUUACAGCAAAAGCUGAAGAAUUAGUAGAAGAAAAGAAACAUGCUGCAACUUCACUUCUUGAAAAACAAGUCAAAGAAACCGGUGAGUUCUUAUCUCACACACUCAACGAAGCAGAAGGCAAAGCUGUGAACGCCGCAGAGGAGGCGAAAAAAGCAGCUGUGGACGGAUUUGACCAGGAGGUCGAAAAACUCGCCGAUAGUGCUUUACAGGAGAAUUCUAAGCACAAUAUUGGUGGUGGUGGUUUAUUAGGUGGAAUUAAGAAUUCAAUUGGUCAUGUUGCUAGUCAUAUAGAGCAUAAUGUCGAGGGUUCGGUGCACGGGGUACAGAGCAAAAUAGAAGGCGCAGCAAGUGCGGUGACCCAUAAAAUAGACGAUUCAGUUGUCGGUAAGGUAGCGCAUUCGGUAGGAGAUAAAGCUCACGAAGUAACUAAUAAAGUCCACGAAGCGGCCGUCGGUGGUGUGACUGGUGCAAUGAACGAUGUCCGCGGUAAAGUGCAAGGAGUCGCCAAUUCGGUGAAAGGAGUCGCCAAUAUGGUGCAAAGCACUACCAGCGGAAUGGUGAGUACAGCACAAGGGAUGGUUAACACACUUGGCGUUGUAGCCGGAGGGAUGACCGGCAUGGUGGGUAGUAUGACCAGCGGUGUAAACGGCAUGUUAAACGGAAGUCUCGCCGCUUCAAGGAUGGCCAUUUUGUUAGCAACCAAGGUUAUACCAGUCGCUACGACCGUUCUCAACAAGACGACAAAAGUCACGGGAGUGAUAUUCGGCACAGUGGUACCCAAGUUUGUUGAUCGGGUCUCUAACUGUGUAAUACAAUAAGCACAUUAACACGGUAUGGAUUUGAAAUCGAUAAUGGUUGAAUCUAUAAUAUGUAACCGAACUGCCAAGAACGAUACAUUUUAUUGUUUUUAUUAUCUGUAUAAUCUCUAAAAUAUAAUAUCUUACGCCUAAAAAAUAAAAAAUUUUCCUAUAAUAUUAUGGAAACUAGCUUAUUAUUAUAAUUGCUAAUACUUAUAAUUUUUUAGGUCCAAACCUAUAAAGAUGAUAUAAAUGUGUAGCACCAUUUUAUUUGUUUAUUUGUUGUUUUUUUUUUUGUUUUAAUAUUACUUGCUAUAUAUUGUUAUUUAUAUAUUUAAAUAAAUGUACGUUUUAUAUAAAUCAGUGAUGACUGAUAACAGUUUUAAAUGUCUACAGAUACAUUACAUAUAUCAUUAUUAUCACACUGAAAAUUAUUUUUCUCAGAAAUUCAUUAGUUUAAUAAAAUAGCGAAAGUCGGGAUACUUAUAAGUAAUAUCGCAAUAAUGAUAUAUAUUAUAACAAUUAUUCUAUUGAUUUCAAAAUCUUAUCCGAGUUUAAUUGAUUUAUUUGUUAAUAAUAUUUCUCUGACGGCCUGUUAUAAACAAAGUGUCUAAAACAUAGAUAAUCACUAUUAUAAUACAGGCCAACAGUUGAUUAAUAGCUUUAUUAUUAUUUCAUUAGUCAUUACUCAUGAUAUUAUGUGAACAUAAAUUAUCUAUAUGCCAUCGGUUGGUUUGUUGAAAACUGAAAAUCUAGAUGCCAAAUAAAACAAUUUUAUGAUUAAAAUAGAAAAAAGAAAACCAGAAUAAUAUUAAAACUCUAAAACGGUAAAUUUAAAAUUAAUUAAAAUAUAAUAUUAUAACAAAAAAAAAUAUAUAUAUAUAUUGAUAAUAUAGGCCUAACUUACAGGGUGUUUUACCAAGCACACUCACUUUUUUUGUCUUAUCCUUUAGUAAUGCGUUUAUUCAAAUUUUAAUUGUUGUAAUUUUUUAGUCUAUAUAUACAAAGACCAAAUUUUCAGGGAUAUAAAUUUUUAUACCAUUUAAACAAUGUUGGUAAAAACUUAUCAUGUGAAAAUAUGGCAUUUUUGUAUUUUUAUACUUAAAACAUUCAAGAACUAUAAUUUGAUUUAAUUUAUUAUUAAUGGAAAAUAUGAGGAGGUAAGCUAACCUAGAGAUAUCAUCUUGUAUAAUAAUAUAUAAUAAAAAAUAUUACAUAAAUCCACAAUCAUGCCACUAUAGUUAAUUAAUAAUAAUAAUAAUAUAUUACUAAUUAUUAUCCCUCGAAAACUAAACACAAUAAUACCGUUCGAUAUUAUCUUUUGUUAUUUAAUUUAAAGGCUUUAGUGUUUGGAGCGUCAAAUAUGGACAGCUAAAAAGGGUACAUUUUGGUUGAUAUGAAAAGAACAGGGCAUAAUUAUUUCGAGAUUCUAAAAUAGUACGUCUGAAAUAAAAUAACAGUAAGUAGCUCCUGGUUAAUAUUAUGUUUUGUAGAACAAUAUAAUAAAAGUAAUAAUAAUAACAAUAAUGGUAUAAAAAAAUAAUUUUCAAGACGCGAUAGUCGUGCUGGUAUAACACCGUGUGUUCCCUAUUCUUUAAAUCGCGUGGAAUUUUAUAUUUAAACAAUACAAUCGUGACGUAUGAUCGAUCACGGAAUGUGGGUUAGACGUACGAACUAACGCUAUAUCAUUAUUAUAUAUAGUGUUUUGUUUUUUUUCGUUAUGCAUUAUUUCCCGGGUUCCAAGGUUAUUAUUAUGGUGAUUCGUUCAUUUAAAUGACCACUGAAUCGCGUGAUGGUGUGCAUUUAUUUAAUAUUAUUCAAACUGGAAUUCGGUCAUUUAUAUUAUUAUCGAUGUAGUGUAAUUUUAAUUAUUUACAGUCGGGUGAAAUGAAUAUCUACAUACCGCGAGUAUAAUAUUUAAACAAAUAUGUGCAACUACUGAUAAUAACAAAUAUUUCAAAACUUUUAUAUUGCCUUCGGUGGAGUGUUUCCUUUAACAUACCUAAUAAAGUUAUAUCCACGACAAAUAAUAACAUAAUAAAAUUGUUCUCUUUUAGUCAUAUUAUUGUAUAAUAUGCACUUAUUUAGAUUAUCAAUUAUCGUAACGAAUCCAUUAAUGUGCAUCAGUUUUUAUGCGUUCAAAUUAAUUAAUGUACGAUCAGUACGGAUGCAAUUAUUAGUGAUUUAUAGUUAAACUAUUUAUAUCAGAGUUAAUGCUUUUACUUGUAGUUAAUACUUAAGCGUUAAAAAAUACCUAUCUUACACAUAAUAUGAUUUUAAUACUAAUAAUAAUAAAUUAAAGACAAUACAAUAUAAUAGGUAGGUGUUAUAUAAAAAAAAAAUAACCAUAAAACAAUAACCAAAUGUGUCAAUACGAAUUAUGUAUACUUAGAAAAAUGGUAUCAAUCAUUAUUGCGUUCAUACAUGGGCCAUGUUUAAUCUUUAAUAAUCUGGCAUUCGAAAAAAAAUCCCUCUCAAAAGUGAGUCAUUGAAAUUAAAAUUGCAUUAAACUAUAUAUUAUUAUCAUCUCUUUAUGCCAAUAUUAAUAAAACAUUAAAUGUCAGAUUAUACUAACACUAUAAUAGGUACUAAAAUAAAUAUAUAAUAUAUAGACAUUAUUUAAUGAUUGAUGAAAUAUUUAAACAUUAAUUAAUGAAAUUUACUUUAUAAAUAAUACGUAAAUGGUUACUGCCAGACUUAUAGAUUAUGUUUCAUUAAUCGUAUAAUUGCAAAUACCGAAAGACAUUUUGACCUUUGUUUAAAAUUGAAGGAGACCUUUAAAUCGUUUAUUUCACCUUUUAUUAAAUAUCAAUAAUGCGUUUGAAAACGCUUAAACUAUAUUAAAUUAUCUUAACAAUUAAGAGGUUAAAAUUGAACAUUAAAGACUUAAUCGUUACAAAUCAUAGAUUCAUGCAUUAUUAUUAUAAUUGUUGCACGCUUUUAUGAUGUUGCAUGCAAACGGUGAUGGGUAAUUUAUCGAGUGUUAUUAUAGUAUAAUAUAUUAUUAUAGUAAAAAUUACACAAAACGACACUCGAACUGCACCAACUGUAUACACAUAUAGGAUAAUUUUUACUCAUGCAUUCGCAUUUAUAUAUAUAUAUAUAUGUGUGUGUGUGUUACGUGGUAAUAAAAUAUCACUUGAUUAUUUCAGUUUUAAGCUCGAAUCGAAUCAUAAGUAUAAAUACAAUUAUUAUUUUGUUCUAUUUGUUUCUGGUGACAUAAUUAAGAAUAAUAUUUUCAUAUAGAUGUGGAAAAUCGCAGAAUAGUCGUAUGCACGGAAGUGCUAUAUUAUCACGAUUUUUAACUAAACAGUGAUUUUUUUACUCUGCAGAAUAAUAACACAAUACUGUGUAUUGCUGACUGCAAUACUGUGGUAUUUUUUGAAAUAAUCAAAUGUAUACAUUUUAUUAUUUAUAUCGUGUCCCACGUUAAAUACAUCGAAUAUAUCUUUAGAUACGUCGCAAAUCAAAUAUAACGCACCUACGAUCGAGUCGUUUCAAAAACAGAUACCGAUAAUAGAAUAGUACGUUAUAGAUCCCAAUCUAAUAGAAAUAAAUAAAUAAUAGCAAUGUAGAAAUAAGACGGAAUAAAAAUAUACUAAGCUGCGUAAAAAUCUAAUUCGCAUACUACCGUCGCGUACCUUCGUUUAUGGUAUACCUAUGUAUACGCCUCCUACUCGAAUGUUUACGAGCGUGAGUGAAGUGUCGCGUAAUUAUGCAAUAUUAUGUUUUUUUGUAUAGUGAGGGGUCAAGGGGGCCUCCUCCACCCACGAAUUUUACUUCUUCCUAUAAUGCGGACAUAUGAAUACAUAUAAACUACUAUAAUACAGUGUGAUCCGUUUAAUAAUAUAAAACACUCAUUAUUUUAUAAAACACUUAAGAGUUUUUGAAAUUAUUUCUUUAAGCUAAUUUUAAGCCGUUUUAUAAUAUAAUUAUCGAGAAAAAAAUGAUAUUUUUAUCGUCGUCAUUUGUUAAGUUUUUAUACUCUUUCAAAUGGCAACAUAUAUUUUUUAUUUUUUAUUCCAAAGCAAAAUAUUACUUGGAGUAUUUCGAACUAUAAAAAUACAAUUUCGACGAGUGGUUUAUUAGUUGUUAGUAUUCAAAGUUGAAAUGAGCGAAGUAGGGGUCCUACAUUUUGUGGGAUACCGCUGUACGCCACUUCAUUCUGCUCAUUAUAGGUUCAAAAGUUUAAAUACAUCGUAUAAAUCAUACACUACCUACUCUAAUAUCGAUUUUUAUUCAUCAAUAAACGAAAAUAUACAUUAUCAAUAAAUUUUCAAAAAACGAUGAAACAUACUAUGUAUAUACAUUUUUUCUAAAAACAUCGUUGUUUUUUUGACUAUUUAAACUUAUAUACAUACAUAACAUUUCCAAAAAUUUUAAAUAGUGUUUGAAAUAAAUAACUGCUGUAGUCUUACGUUAAAUGGAUCACCCGGUAUAGUAAUAAUUGGUAUGCCGAACAUUAGCCGUGACCUUGUAAGGAACUAACGUUUUAUAUUUAGUGUUGAGACAAUUCGUUUUGUCUUCCCCUCCUCGCCAUAAACGUAUAUAUUAGGUAUUAUAUAACAUGUUUUAUAGGUAGUGAAAAAUCCAAAUUGCGCCGUUGCCGGGGGGAGUCUCCAUAAUGUUAUAUUCGGUCCGACGUACAUCACUUGGCGUCGUGGCUGUUAAAUGACUAUCGUGUAGGUAUACAAUGAACUCGGCGAUUUUUUUUCAAACAAAUUGAAUUCAAUUUGUCAAAAGCGCCCACGAGUUUCGUGUUUUCCUACUGCGUGUACUGAGGAACGCGUCGCCAUACGAAAUUAUAUACCUUGUAGCGUUUGCGUUGAUAAAAACAUAUUACUAUAUGAAUCUAACCUCUCCCGGUCACUCUGAUGCGGAUAGGAGUGUAAAACAUUUCGGUGUGUCGUGUCAUUACUGUGACCUACGACGGAUGACCAAAUCGCCAAUCGCGUGGUUUCGUACGUUAUAUAUACGAUUCGUAUCAAAAAGUGCAUUUCCGCAUAGUGUAUAAAAGCCGUAUUCGAUGUAUUUAAUAUUGUGUUAACGUUA